UGAUGCUGUUUCUCAUGGUUAAGACUCUGUUGUUUGUACCUGUUGUAUCUGUUGACUUGUACCUGUUUAACUACCUUGAUUUUGGAUUUGUGUUUGGAAUUGUUUGUCUGUUUAACAGUUAUUGUCUGCAUCCACCACUGCUGCCAUUCUGACAUUAACUUUGAGCAAUAUGAACUAAAAUGUCUGAUGCUUCCUCGAUGUCAGAAGUGUGUAUCGCUGACUGAAAAAAUUAACACAGUGUAAUGUUUAAGACAUGCCCACAGCCUAGGCACACUACACCCUCAGAUUCCUGUUCUUGGCUGACAGGAGUGGAACCCAAUGUGGUCUUCUGCUGUUGUAGCCCAUCUGCCUCAAGACACAGUUCCGCUCAACACUGAAUCGAAAGAAUUUGCCAGAGGGUAUACUUCAUCAAAGUGCAGUUUACUUUCCACACCACUGAUAUGAUGUCAGAGGAGUUGCAUGGGCCUUUUGGUGUUAAUAUGUGACUGGAGAACUAGCAGAGGCGUGGCAAACGUGCAGGAACACACACACAACCUCCUCUCCCUGGCCAAGUCGAGCACUCCGAGAACCCCUACAAGGAACAGCAGCACAUAUCUACUAGCACGUUUUGUCCUAAAAGAUCCAAUCCAAGAUGAAAGCAUCUAGAGACACCACCAUAUUUAUUGACCUGAGCUUUCUUUCUCCUGAGGAGGAAGCGAUUAUUCAGAAUGUGCUUCUCAGAGACGAGGAUUUGAAAAAGAAUGAGAUUGGACGUGUAAGGAAGCUGAGGGAGACGGUCCCAGACUCGAAGGAACUGAAGGUUUUAUCAGGUGAAUGGUUCGAGGAUCUCAAGUCAAAGCGGUAUGGCCGCCAGCCGCACGCCUCAGCCAUAGUCCGCUCCUCCAUGAGAUGGAAGAAAUCAGCAGGCCAUAAACCGAAUCCCUUCCUAAAGGCUGUGCCCGAGGAUAAAGAUGUAGAGAAGAACAAGCCUUGCCCAGAUGUAUCUGCUGACCCCCGAUCGAUUCACCCAGCUCUCAGUGUACAGGUGCAGCAGGAAAACAAAGAUGAAGCUGUCAUUUUAGAAGAGUCCUCCGGAGCUAAAUUAAAUACUCCAGUCCUUAAAGUUAUUGAAGCAGGACGUCAAUCAGGAGCAAAACUCCAAGACCAAACACCUCGUGUCGAGUCUCUGAAACUAGAGCCUGUGCAGGAGUCGAAGACAAAAGCCACCAUUACAAAAGAAAUCAACACAGAGAUAUCAGAUCCUGGAAGAACAGCACUGAAAGAAGACAGGGGAGUGGAGACCAGUUUGGAUACCAGACCGAAACAGAGAGAUGGAAGCAUGCCUAGAAAUUUCAAGAUACGAUCUUUUAGCAAAGCACAGGAAACAACAAAUUGGGAAAUACAUCAACUUGGCAGCGAUGAUGAGUCAAAUAAGCCCCAGUCAAACGUUGAGGUUGUAAUAAACUCUAACAACAGUACAGAAACAGAAGUGACAAACAAGCAGAAUAAUGCGACACCUGAAGUACUGAUGAAUUCUGGAUUUGGAGUCAAAGAAAAAAUUCAGACUCCGAUACCAAAGAAAAGAUCUAAUGAAGGAAUCAGAGUCAUGAACAUCACCAACAAGCGAACAACUCCAACAAGGACGGAGGAGUUAAGCGUCGAUUUAAACGUAAAAGAAGAUCCAGGUAUUCUUGGGAAUCUGAAAAUAGGUCCAGUUAAUAAUGUAAACACACCAGAGUGUAUUAAUUCAGAACAAAAGACUUUAGAUCCAGUACAGAAAGGAAAGGAAAGAGUUGUUGAAGAAAUCAUAGUCGCUGACUUCAAACAAAGAUCUCCAACAAGGACGGAGGAAUUAAGUGUAGAUUUAGACGUGAAAAGGAAUUCUGAUAUUCUUGAAGGUCCAUUUAAUAGUGUAAACACGACACAACGUGUUAAUGUGGACCAGAGUUUAGAUCCAGUACAGAAAGGAAAGGAAAGAGUUGUUGAAGAAAUCAUAGUUGCUGACUUCAAACGAAGAUCUCCAACAAGGACAAAAGAAGUAAGUGUUGAUUUAGAUGUAGAAAAGGAUCCAGAUCUUCUUGAAGGCCCAGUUAAUAAUGUAAACACGGCAAAACGUGUUAACUGGGACCAAAAGAGUUUCGAUCCAGUACAGAAAGGAAAGGAGCAAGCUGUUGAGGAAAUCAUAGUCACAGACUUUAAACGAAGAUCUCCAACAAGGACAAAAGAAUUAAGUGUUGAUUUAAAUGUAGAAGCAAAUCCGGAUAUUGUUGAGGAUUUAAAGACCGGACCAGUUCACACAGACGUCCAUAAAGAUGAGAAUAGAUCAGCAGACAUGAACAGAGACGAGCUCCCAGAAUCAGUGGUGAAAAAUAAAAAAAAUGAAGCUGCUGGAGGAAAAAGUGACUUUGAUGUGGAAUUGAGGAAGCUUGAAAGCACUAAUCAAAAGGUAUCGAAGGAGAUUGAAGAAAUCAGUGAAACGGAACAAGAAGGUAGUUUUCAAGACAGGGAAGAUGAAAGUGGAAUCUCUGAAAGCGGUAUUCUCGCCAGCGUGUAUGCGCGCGCCACUAGGCCCAAAUCAGGCGUGUCGAAAACACCUUUCGCAAAAGACCCAAUGCAAAAGACUGUAGAUGUGAUUCCGACUAUAGUGAUUGUGCCGUCCGAAUCCGAGGAGCCGACAGAAAUGGAGCGUGUGAAGAAUGAGACGCCUGCCCCUGAAGCACUUGUUGAGGUUGAGGCAAAACCUGGCACAGAUAUAUGGGAGGAUGAAGGAGUGGACUCGGAUGAGGACAGCAGCUCAGCAUCCAGCCACGACUCGGAUUUGUCAGGAAAAAGGGACAAGGUUUCUGCCAGUACGCUUUCAGUUGCAGAGCGCACUGCCAGUUUGCUGAGUGUGUACAGCGAUGCCGGUGACUUCGGGAACGUGACGGUGCAGGGAUCGGUGGAGUUCGCUAUAAUGUACAGUCCUCUUGGAGAGCUCGUCAUUAUGGUGGAGCAGUGUCAGGAUCUGGCCAUCGCAAAUCCACGGAAACAACGCACAGACCCAUACGUGAAGACGUACCUCUAUCCAGACAAGAGGAGCAAGAGGAAAACUUCCAUCAAGAAACGUACAGUGAACCCAGUCUUUGUGGAAUCUUUGAGAUACAAAGUAAAACGUGAAGAAUUGCAUGGAAAAACUCUGAAUUUAUCUGUAUGGCACAAUGACUCUCGAGGCAGAAAUUCCUUUUUGGGUCAGGUUGAGAUUAAUCUGAAGGACUGGGACUGGAAACAUGAAGCACUCACAUGGUACAACCUCCAACCAAAGAGCGCAGAUAACCAGGAAUCUCAGGAAUACCGUGGUGUUUUAUCCGUCUCGCUGAAAUAUGUACCUCCAGAAGCCACUGGUGGUUCUAGACUCAGCCGGCCUAUGGGAGAGAUUCACAUCUGGCUGCGUGACGCGAGACAUCUGCGUCGUCUGAAGGCCCAAGGAGUCGACUCCUUCGUGAAGUGCUACAUGUUACCAGACACGAGUAAGAAGAGUCGCCAGAAGACUCGCGUGGUGAAGAAGACGCAGGACCCUGUGUAUAACCACACCAUGGUGUAUGACGGGUUCAGAACAGGCGAGGUGUCUGAGGCCUGCUGUGAACUCACCGUGUGGGACAACAACAAACUCUCCAAUCAGUUCCUUGGAGGAGUGCGUCUCAGCCUCGGCACAGGCCAGAGUUAUGGAAAGAAAGUUGACUGGAUGGAUUCAGAGAACGAGGAAGUGGAAAUCUGGAAAAAAAUGAUAGCUACUCCAAACAGCUGGGUUGAGGCGGAACUUCCGCUCAGGUCUUCAAUGACUCCCAGGAAGUGAGCCUGAUACUAAAGACCAGCGGCAACUGUGUGAACUUUAAUUAUUACUUCCCUGCUAAUUAGCUUUGUACAUGGUGUGAUUUUCUGGAGAAUGGAAUUAUCUGAGGAGAGAUUUCAUUUCUGGUUUUGAGUUUAAAUCCAAGGACUAACACAGAACCACCCGAACCACCCAUGUGGGCAAGUUCCUUAACCAUCAACUGCUCACAUUUAAGUGGAUGUAGAUACAACUGUGUGCAAAAUGAUUAAAUGUACUGCUAAAUGUGGACGUGAAAUACAUUAACGUGACAUUGGAUUUGUAAAUAUUUGCAAAUUGCUGUAACUAUUUCCACUAGUGUUACUUCAAUACAGCUCAUAUUGAAUCAAAUGCUAUGAUAGGAAUUAUUCCAAAUUAAAUAUUUUGUUUUGAGAUUUUUUUCUUUCUCAGUAAACAGUGUCCUUGAAUGCAUUCAUGAAUAAAGUGGUAUAAGGUG